AUGCAUCAUGAGAAGCCAUUCGACACUGGCACUACUACCAUCGUCCUCGACCAACUCCGAGAUGUCGAUGAACCAGAAGAGUCCCUUGACGACUUUGCCGCGCUUGACGAUGCCGCCGAGCAGAAAUACGACACCCAGGCGCAGGAGAAGAACGACAAGCCCCCACCCGAGUAUGUGUCCGACAACCAGUCUCUCUUGCAGGACACGCGCGCCGCGAAGCCAUCCAUCGUCAUCGGCGACGAAGGUCACCACUUCAAGAACAAGUUUGCUCUCCAGAGCGACUCGUGGGCUGGUUCUAGCGGUGCUCGCCAGCCGGGUCUUGCGUUCUUGGUGGAUAAGCUGCUUGGGGAGGCCAUUCAGAGUGGUGGCGAGCAUUCGCCGGUUGAGGACGCAGACGCUACACGGAAGAUCGAUCAGCUGCGGUAUGGGUAUGAUCUUGUUGCAGAGGCGCGGAAGGGCCGGGUCGGUCGUUCAAGGGAGAGAAGAAGGCCAGAUGAGGUGAAGGAUUGA